UCAUCCCUUGCUGGGCUGGGCUUCGCGGGUUCUGCACUCGCAUGGUUCAAGUCCUAUCUGUCUGACCGCUCCUACCAGGUUCAACCUCGCAUCGCAGCCUGCCUAGCUGACAUUGCCUCCUGGAUGUCUGCUAACCAUCUCAAACUUAACCCGGAGAAAACAGAGCUCCUGUUUUUUCCUGCUAAGAACUCCCCAGCGAUCGACAAUACAAUCACCAUCGAGGGAUCUGCGGUGUUUCCCACCUCAGCAGCCAAAAACCUUGGCGUCACCCUCGACAACCAGCUGACAUACUCCGGGCACAUCGCAGCAGUCACACGAUCCUGCAGAUUCGCCCUAUACAACAUCAGGAGAAUCCGCCCUUUCCUCACGCAACAGGCAACCCAGCUCCUAGUCCAAGCGCUUGUCAUCUCCCGCCUGGACUACUGCAACGUUCUACUGGCUGGCUUGCCGGCCUGCGCCAUCAGGCCGCUCCAGCUCGUGCAGAACGCCGCUGCACGCCUGGUAUUCAACCUCCCUAAGCACUCUCAUGUCACUCCGCUGCUUACUGCACUCCACUGGCUUCCGGUAGCAGCCCGCAUCCAGUUCAAGACACUGGUGCUGGCCUACCAGGCCACAAGAGGCUCUGCCCCAUCAUACCUUCAGUCUCUUAUAACGCCUUACACCCCAACUAGGACCCUCCGCUCCACGUCCUCCGGACAACUGACGGUCCCCUCACUCCGGGAACCCGGCAGCCGCUCCUCCCGACCACGCCUCUUCUCUGCCAUUGCCCCGAGGUGGUGGAACGACCUCCCCCAUGCAGUCAAGACUGCGGAGUCUCUUACCAUCUUCCGCAGGAAACUGAAAACCCACCUCUUUAGAACACCCUACACCAGUGUCCACCCUUCGCCCUACCCAUCAGACCAUGACUUCCAGUUCACUCCCCAGUCCCACACAUAUUUACAACCUCCCCAGCACCUGGAGUCUGUUGGAUUUUUGUCUCCUACACUCAAUUCCUUCCAGGCGUUAUAUCCUGAAGUAGAUGUUGCCUUGCAGAAAUUAAUUACCAGAGAGGUGAAGGACCUCCGUGAGGAGUUUAGAGCUUUCCGCCAGUCCUGCAGCCCAGAACCUCAGGAUGUUGAGGUUUUACCUGUGGGUUUGCCUCUGCACAAUAUGGAGGAGCUGGACUGUGCAGAGGCAACACUGCAGUCACAGGAAGCCAAGAAAACGAUGAGAUAUGCAGAGAAAAAAAUGCCUGUGUUUCCCAUAAAGACAUUUAUAAUUCUAAAGGUAGCUUUCAAAAAGUAA